AAUAAAAUGGAUUUUGCACUGGAGCAAUAUCAUAGUGCAAAGGAUUUGUUAAUAUUUGAGCUUCGAAAGUUCAAUCCAAUUGUUCUGGUUUCUAGUACUAUUGUUGCAACAUACGUACUCACCAAUCUGAGACAUAUGCAUUUAGAUGAAAUGGGCAUCCGGAAACGUUUGAGCACUUGGUUUUUCACCACUGUAAAGCGUGUGCCUUUCAUCAGGAAAAUGAUUGACAAACAACUAAACGAAGUAAAGGACGAGCUUGAGAAAAGUCUGAGAAUUGUGGAUCGAAGCACCGAAUACUUCACUACAAUCCCAAGCCAUUCAGUUGGAAGAACUGAAGUACUUCGCCUUGCUGCCAUCUAUGAUGAUUUGGAAGGACCAGCUUUUUUGGAAGGAAGAGUAUCUGGAGCAGUCUUCAAUAGAGAAGACGACAAGGACGAACGGGAGAUGUAUGAGGAGGUGUUCGGAAAAUUUGCCUGGACCAACCCACUUUGGCCAAAAUUGUUCCCUGGAGUGAGAAUCAUGGAGGCUGAAGUUGUUCGCAUGUGUUGUAAUAUGAUGAAUGGAGAUUCGGAGACAUGUGGAACUAUGUCAACUGGUGGAUCCAUUUCAAUUCUUUUGGCGUGCCUGGCUCAUCGUAAUCGUCUUUUGAAAAGAGGAGAAAAGUACACAGAGAUGAUUGUCCCAUCAUCCGUCCAUGCAGCGUUCUUCAAAGCUGCCGAAUGUUUCCGUAUCAAAGUUCGCAAGAUUCCAGUUGAUCCUGUUACUUUCAAAGUAGACCUUGUCAAAAUGAAAGCCGCAAUUAACAAGAGAACAUGUAUGUUAGUUGGAUCUGCUCCAAACUUUCCAUUUGGAACUGUUGAUGACAUUGAAGCUAUUGGACAGCUAGGACUUGAAUAUGACAUCCCAGUUCAUGUUGAUGCUUGUCUUGGUGGUUUCCUUCUUCCAUUCCUUGAAGAAGACGAGAUUCGCUAUGACUUCCGUGUUCCUGGUGUAUCUUCGAUUUCUGCAGAUAGUCACAAAUACGGACUCGCUCCAAAGGGGUCAUCAGUUGUUCUUUAUCGCAAUAAGGAACUUCUUCAUAAUCAGUACUUCUGUGAUGCUGAUUGGCAAGGAGGUAUCUAUGCAUCGGCUACUAUGGAAGGAUCACGCGCUGGGCACAACAUUGCACUUUGCUGGGCCGCAAUGCUUUAUCACGCUCAGGAAGGAUACAAGGCCAAUGCUAGAAAGAUUGUUGACACUACAAGAAAGAUUAGAAAUGGACUUUCAAACAUUAAGGGAAUCAAAUUACAAGGGCCAAGUGAUGUUUGUAUUGUUAGCUGGACAACCAAUGAUGGAGUUGAACUCUACAGAUUCCAUAACUUCAUGAAGGAAAAACAUUGGCAACUGAAUGGACUUCAAUUCCCAGCUGGAGUUCAUAUCAUGGUCACUAUGAAUCAUACUCAUCCUGGACUCGCUGAAGCUUUCGUCGCCGAUUGCAGAGCUGCAGUUGAGUUUGUCAAAAGCCACAAACCAUCGGAAUCCGACAAGACAAGUGAAGCAGCCAUCUACGGACUUGCUCAAAGUAUUCCAGACCGAUCGCUUGUUCACGAGUUUGCUCACAGCUAUAUCGAUGCUGUUUAUGCUUUAACAGAGUGAAGUGCUAAACUAUAAUUAUAUUUGCCUACCUCUUCCUGCUGGUUGUUCAAACGGGUAAUUUAACUGUGAUUUCCUAUUGAUUAUGUGACGAAGCUUGUUAUGAUUAUUUGAAAAAUAAAGCAAUUUAAGUUUGUG